AUGUUGGAAAACAUCAUGGGUAAUAUUCAAGUAUCAUAUGACUGCGACACUGAUUUGACUGAAACAAUGACCCAGAAAACAGAAACUGCUGCAAGCAACACAUUUUCAGACGUACUAGAGAUGGACCAUAAUUAUCAAAUGAGAGAAGCUUCACAAGUAGAUAUAGAAGCUGGUGGAAGUGAUUCUGAAAUUUUAAGCAUGACUACAGGUCAGGUUCAUGAAGUUCGUACUAAAGAAAAAGACAAGACGAAAAAUACCCUAACCUGCCCAAUUAGUUGCAGAGAAAUUAGACUUUGUUCAGACGCAGAAGGAAAAAUGCUUAGAGCAGCAUGCAAUAAAAAUGCAAAUUUUUAAAAAAUGCUUAGAAUUGUGCAAGUGUUGGGACAAACAUAUCUAAGCCUGAUUAAUAAUAAAGAACUUCCCUGGAAAGAUCAAUAUGGGGUAAUCCAACGAAGACCAAACAGGACAUCUUCUGUGGCUUUUGGCAGAGACUGAGAACAGUCGUUUGAGAUAUUUUUAAAUUGUGAAUUCAUAACCCUUUGAAUAGUGAAUAUUUACAGAUAUAUACGUAAAUAGACAACAUUUAAAAAACCGUCAUUCGUCUUUUGCCAAAAAUGCAGUUCUUUUUUGUCAUCAAUUAAAAUACCUACCUACCCCUCCUCAAUUGGUUUUUUGAGUUUCUUGAAAUAUACUGGGAAAGCAAAAAAAAUGCCCGGUUUAGUCUGGAUGACCCUGUACUUAUUUAUUAAUUU